GGAGUAUGAACUGUAUUAAUGCAAAUCUUGACCAACUUAAAAUUAGGCUAGAUAACCACAGUUGCUUUCCUUGGUAUUUAGGUGUUUUGAGUUAGAGCCCCUGAAAAGUCACAUGGCUGCACUCCUGCCAAUGAUGGUUCUGCUAAUUUCUCAAGAAUAGCAGGAAAUGGUGAUCAGUGCCACCAAAGGAGGAAGUGACAUGCUCUUUCAUCCAUGCUUCGAUAAUGUCAUUAUAUCUAUACUCUGGUUAUACCAUUAUAUUUAGGAGACUUCAAUUUAGGGUAAAACACAUUAUUUCAGUAUUUAUUCAGAAACUGCUACAAAUGACAAGGAUACGUAAUAUAGGUGAUAUGAAUAUAUUAAAGCUAUUCUUUCAUUUACACUUUGGAUAUCUUUUUUUUUUUUUUUUUACCCUCUUUUCACACAAAAAAUUAACCUACUAUUACUCCUGAUACUAAAAGUGUCAACCAAAAUAGCAUAUCUUGUGUUAAAGGAAAUCACAGUAUGGGGUGUAUUCUGAGUUGCCACCCAGCAGGCGUCACCACCAACUAAGUCUUUGGGCCCAUGAAGCUUGAACAUUUUUUCAAUUCUCAUAAAUUACCUGUGUUUCUCUGAGACUUCUAACAAUUACACUCCAUUACAAUAAAAGACACUAUUGUUAAUAAAAAUGUAGUUGAUCAUUCUUGUUGCUUUGUUUAUUGGUAAACGAGAGAAAAUAACUAUUGGAAGUUUCUCAUUAAAAAUCUUUCUUGCAUGAAAGACCUGCAAAAUCAAGCAGAAUUGGACUUUAAAAAUCUAUUUAUGUUACAAUAUUUAUUGAGUAUCUACUUUGCGUGUAUCAGUCUCGCCUUCUAUGAAGUUUCUAAAGAAACAUUUUAGGGUGUCAAGUAACUCUACAGAAACCAUCAUAACACAGGAGAGCCUGGUGUUUGGGCAUCCGUGAGGUCACUAUCUUCCGCUUCCAGAAUGUUAUACUAAGCCCUCAACGGACUGCUGCUUGUUGUGUGGGGUAGACCAACCAGUAGCGUGGGCAGGUUAAAGGUGAUGACAUUUAAGCCCCGGAAUUGAGGGCGGAGUGUAACACUAUGGGAGCAGAAGCCAGUGCCAGCCACGGAGAUCAAACAAUGUAUUUUGUCAAGUUGCUUAACGCCCUAAUGUCUGUGAUAAAUUUCAUCGAAGGUGAGACUAAUACACAAAGCAGGUAUUCAGCAAAUAUUGUAAUAUAAAUAUAAUUUUUUAAGAUGUCCAGUUCUGCUUGAUUUUGCAGGGCUUUCAUGCAAGAAAGGUUUUUAAUGAGGAGAAGCUUCCCAUGGUCAUUUAUUUUCUCUUGUUUACCAAUAAAUAAGACAAAAAUGAUCAACUACAUUUUUAUUAACAAUAGUGUUUUUUCAUUGUAUUGGAGUGUAUUUAUUACAAGUCCAAGAGAAACACAUAAUUUACGAUAAUUGAAAACAAAAGUUCAAGCUUCAUGGGCCUAAAGACUUAGUCUGUGGUGACAACUGGUAAGGAUGAAUAUACCCCAUUGAGAGUUAAUAAUGAUCAAUAACUGGUUCAGUAUUUCAGAUGCUUCUGGAUGUCUACCACUGAUAGUUUGUUGAAAUAUAGAAUUACCACAGGCAUUUCCCCUUUCUCUCUUCAUUGUUUCUGGAGGUGCUAUCAGCCAAGGAGUGGAAUGUCUAAUUAACUCUCUUGUUGGUAUCUAUCAGUAAGGCAAACAACAUUGAAACAUGUCGACCAGAGCACAUGUGAUUACACUCGGAGAAAAUCUAUGACACCGUCAGUGGCAAGAGCCUAGUCAUGUGACUUGUUGGGGUUUCCCAUUGAUAAUAAUGUAAUUUUAAUAACUUCAUACGACUUUUGAAGAUUGAUAGUUUACUGUUACUGCCACUAGGGUGUGUUAAGUGGAGGAGCCUCACUUGAUCUCAAUACGUCCAGGAGAACAGUUGACUAAAAGUAUUUCAUGUCAAAAGAUACCUAACACACACACUCAAGCUCAGAAUGGAACCACUGCAGUCACUCAACAUUUGAUGCAGACCUAGCAACCCUCAAAAGAGCAUAACUAGAGAUCACAGCUCGAAUUGAUGGAAGGAGGAGAAAGUUUUUGUCGUGAGAUGAGCCUAAAAGUAUGGAGAGAGAGAGAGAGUGAGUGAGAGGAAUAACAAUAGUGCUUGCAAAAGAUUUGGAAGACAUGCCAGCCUCAGUAAAACAGAUGCAGGAGGAGAUGCGACAACGCAGGCCUUAUGGAGAGCCCCGCAGAUAUGAUAGCAGGUGGCACAACGAGGAGGGGCGCGGCCAUCACUUUGAGCGAGAGAAAGGUAACGCCGGCCCCCCUCGCCACCAGUAUGGCAACAGAUAUCCUGGCCCACCCAAGCGGAGGCUGUCACCCCAGAUUCACCAAGGCCCCACUUACAAACGUCAGAGAAUGGAGAAAUUAAAUGCAAACGAGGGAGAGCGGGAGUCCCACCGUGACCUUGACUUCCUGGAUGACGAGGGCAUCGAGGACGUGGAGCGCCCAAGGGAGAGGGAGCGUCGCACCUCGGUCCUGGAGGAGGAGCGGCCCCACAAGAACAUGGUCGAGGGAAUGGAUGGCAGAUCAGGGCCAAGUGGGGUGCAGGUGACUAUCAGAGCGGAUGGAGAGCGAGCAGUGAACAGUGACGGCCAUGUGAGGAGGGUGGCCGGCCGCCUCUUUGUGGAGCUGAGGUGCCCACACUGCCCCAACCAGAAGUCCAUCACAUUCAAGGAGUACAAGAUGCACCUGACCAGUGAGUACCACAGGUCUCGGCUACACAGACUUGCCAGGAAACACACGGUUGUCUUGCGCAAGAUCCGUGCCCAGCAGCGGCAGGAACAGAGGGACAAUGAAAACAAGUGGAAGGAAGAGAACCCAGAAGAAUUUAAAACUGCUGUGUCCAGGUUCUGUAAUGCCUGCAAGCUGGCAUUCAAGUGUUUGAGUAACAGUGCCAGUGAGGGCAUCAGUCAGCAUAACAGGAGCAAGUUGCACAGGAUGCAGCGCCACUACCUGCACCCUCGCUGUGGCCUGUGUCGCAUCACCUUCCCCACACGCAUGGAGUAUGAGCGCCAUGUGGCAUCCAUCAACCACCUCAGGUUCUUGUCCUCCCAGGUCCGCACAGCAAACAUUGACAACCAAGGGAACAAUAGGCGAACAGAUGACCAGGGCCAGGAGGAGGAAGGAGGUGACUUGGACUUUGCCAACUUCAUGACCCUUGACUCUGUUGGGGAAGAUGAUGAGGAGGGUGGAGGAUCAGAGCACGAGGAGAUCACAGGAGGCGUUGACGUAGCAGAAGCGCCAGACAAGGACGCAGCAAUUAUUAAUGAUGACGACCUUGACAGCAUUUCUGGUGCCAGCACUGCAGACAACUCCCUCCUCAACAUGAAGGACAAGGACAAGGACUCUGACACCCCCAAGAAAGGGAACAAGACAGGGCACUUAGAGGAGGAGGAGGAAGAGUUGGAAGAGGAUAUGCUGGAGACUGAGUGGGACAAAGAACAGCAUGAGGAUGAUGAGGAGGAAGGACAUAAGCCAUUAGGGACAGAGUAUGUGCGAAGGAUUGAAGCCUAUUACUGUAGCAUCUGUUACAAGAUCAUUCGGGCAGACUCCUCACUGGGGUCACGGGCAGUCCAGCGCCACUGUCGCUCCUUCAGUCACCUAUCACACUACAGGGACCGCCACCCUAGCCUGCCCCAGGAUGAAGAUGGCCAAAGUGGGGAAGAGGGGGAGGGGGAGGUUGACCUGGAAGAGGAACCAGACCAAGACAAGCUGUGGGAGGAAGUUGAUAAAGGCCUCACAGCUCUCCAAGGGGAGCUUAUGACUGAUAUUGAGAACGCAGAUGGCAAUGAAGAAAAGGAGGAAAUAACAGAGUCAAAGGAAGAGGGGAAGGAAGAUGAGGAAGAGGUGAAGGUGAACUCCAAAGAGAAUCAGAAGGAUGACACAAAGGCUGAGAAGGAGAAUCAUAAAGGAAAAAAAGAAAGGGGUUCCAAAAAUGAUGACUCCAAGAACACUGAGGAGUGGGAGGAAGUUGGGGAAGACUUUUCUGUUUAAUUAUCUUUUGUAUGGGACUUAACUUUUAUUUUGUCUGACCAAUUUCUGGUGCUGACUGGAAAGAGAAGCUGCUGUUCCACUUGUCUUUGUUACUUGUGGCACUGCAAAGGUUGAUAGCUGUAGUCACAUAAGGUUAGAGAUUAAACAUUAUUAUCAGCUGCCUUGAAUGGACACUUUCCCCAGCUGUAUCAUUACCACUCUGAUGCCACAAUAUUUAUUGUUUUUUUUGUGUGUUAUUGCUAUGUUAAUACAGUGUAUCUUGCAACCUUUAGCUGGUACAGUGAGAUUAUAUAGGCCUUCUUUGGGCCAAUAGUAGUCAUAAUGUUUAUGAAAAGCCUGAAGAAAUUGUGGAAAUGUCAGUUACAAUGGAAUGGCAGCUUAGGCCUCUCAGUGCAGAGCCUGCUGACUUGUGAAUCUUAUAAAGAGAGUUCAUAUUGCAUUUUACUCAUAACUGAAGACCUAGCCAAGCAAACAUGUCAAAAUGUUGUAUGUAUGGGAGGGAGGGGUCUUAAAGUGUCCAUUUACAUAAUGUAAAUAUUCUACCACAAUUUCAGUGAGCACUUAUAUAAUGAAUGUUUUUUUUUUUCCCCUGUUGAGCUAGAUAUUUUCUACCCUACUCCUACCAUCACUUUAUAGUGCACAAUUGUGACACUGUUUGCAUGUGAAAACUUCACAUGUCGGUCAGCUCCAAGGUUUGUAUAGGCUUUACAACUCCGCAAGCUGGAGUGUAUCUUUUUUUUUUUUUUUUUUUUUUCUCAUAUAUUGUCAGUGAAUGUCAAUUAAUGAAUAUUUAUUUUAGAACUUGAAGAUUACUGAUUUUUCAUGUGUUGUGGCUGUAUUAUUUAGUGAAGUCAAAAGACAACUUUUUACAUGACAAAUUUUUAUAUACCAAUUCUGAUUCCUGUUACCUGAAGUGUGUGUUAUGUGGUUACUUCAUAUGGUAUGUGUGUACCAUAUACUUCUGUCACACCAUGAUGGAUAUCCCAUGGAUGAGGAAACAACUGUGAAGUGUAUCCUUAGUUGCAAAAAAUAAAAUGUUAAGAUUGUU